AUGCCAACUGAAAUUGAUGUAGACAGUUCCUGGAGCAAACGUUUUUGCAAUUUAAAAAGUAUCUAUCUAUUUCUGUUCAUAUCUAUCUAUCUAUCUAUCUAUCUAUCUAUCUAUCUAUCUAUCUAUCUAUCACCCCUUGCAAGGCGGGAAGCCACUAUCUACAAACCCGUUUCCAACAGAUAUGACUGUUCAUUUGUUAUGGCCAAACAUUUGUUGGCCGUUCCCCCAAGGAAUCAUUUUAAAGUUUCGAAUAAAAUUCCUUACUUCUUUCUUUCUUUCUUUCUUUCUUUUUUCUUUCUUUCUUCAUGUUUAUCAUCAAUGGGAUUUCUCAUUGAUCUUUCUUCAUAUGUCCAACACUUAUUCUUACUUUUAGUGAAGAUAUAUGUGCAUUAUUCUUUUUUCUUUCUUUUUUCUUUCUUUCUUUUUUCAUUAUUUCUUUCUUUUAUUUUUUUCUUUAUCGUUUUCUCUUUCUUUUCUUUCUUUUGUCUGGUUCCUCAUUUAUUUUCUUUCUUGUUAAUAUUUUCUUGCAUCAACUACCUACUUAUCUAUCUUUCCAUUCUAUAUAUCUAUCACUUAUUGUUUUUAACAGCAGUUUUCUUACUUUUUUUAUUGCUAAUUCUUUUACCGUUCUUUUUUUUUUCUUUCGUUAUCACUUUCUACUUGGUAUUCUUCUCUUUUAAUCUUGAUUUUUCUUUUCUUAUUUCUUUAACACUUUCUUUUUUCUUUUUAAUUCUCGACUUUUCCUUCCUUUUCUCUUUCUUUUCCCAUUCUUUUCUUUCUUGGGUACUUAUUAUUCAUUUUCUUUGUUUCUUUUUCUUUCUUUUUUGUUUCUUUCUUACCCCUUUUUUUAUUACCCAUUUUUCUUUUUCUUUUUCCUUUUCUUUAUAA